AUGGCUCAGGUUCCAUUGGCAGUUGGGCCAGAAAGUCACGAAGUUCUGGUGAGGAAAAGGAGGUUCCAGAAGAGCCCCCGCUGCCCUGCCUACCUUGGUGUUGUCUUGGAAGGAGCUCCAUCUAGGAACCAGCAUCCCUUGUCAGCCCAGAAGGCCAAGUGGCAAGCUCGGAGGUACCUUCUUGCAGAGCUGGCCGAUUGCAACUCCUCAUCCGGGGCUUCGCCCCCCUCUCAGUUAAGCGCUAUCACCCUGGAGGACCUGGGGCUCCUCCUGGAGGACGGGCUGGCCAGCCCCGAGCUCCUGAGUCUGGAGGAGAUCUCAGAGAGGUAUGAGCCCAGCUGCCUGGCGUCCACCACUUCCGUCCCAGAGCAGGACACCCCCAAGCGCUGGAAGCAGCUGGAGCAAUGGGUGGCCGACCUGCAGGCCGAGGUGGUGUCCCUACGGGGACACAAGGACUACUGUGAGCGUGCCACACUGAGCCUUCUACAAGAGCUGCGCCGGGUGCAGGCCAUUGUGCAGCUGCAAGACUCGGAGCUGAAGAAGCUGAAGCAGGAGUUACACCAGGCAGCUUGGGGCCCUGAGAAGGAGGCCCUGGAGUUCCCCAGCCCCCAGAACCAGAACAAGAUGCAGGCCCUGGACAAGAGGUUGGUGGAGGUCCGGGAGGCCCUGACCCAGAUCAGGAGGAAGCAGGCACUCCAGGACUCGGAGCGGAAGGGCACCAAGCAGGAGGCCAACCUCAGGUUGACCAAGUUGGCCAGGAAGCUGGAACAGGAGGAGCAGAACCGGGACGUGGCCUGCAGUGCCCUGCAGAGGAGCCAGGAGGAGGCCAGCCAAAGGGUGGACCAGGAGGUGGCCAGGCUGCAGGCCCAGGUGACCAAACUGGGUGAGGAGAUGAGCCUUCGCUUCCUCAAGAGGGAGGCCAAGCUGUGUGGCUUCCUGCAGAAGAGCUUCCUGGCCCUGGAGAAGAGGAUGAAGGCCUCGGAGAGCACACGGCUGAAGGUGGAGAGCAGCCUGCGGGAGGAGCUGGAGAGCAGGUGGCACAACCUCCAGGAGCUGGCCGAGGAGCGCCUGCGGGCCCUGCGGGCGCAGUGCAAGCAGGAGGAGUGCUACCUCCUGGAGCAGUGCCGGGGCCUGGACAGGGCCGUGGUCCAGCUGACCAGGUUUGUGCGCCAGAACCAGAUGUCGCUGAACCGCGUCCUGCUGGCCGAGCAGAAGGGCCGGGACACCAAGGGCCACUUGGAGGAAAGCCAGGCUGGGGAGCUGGCUGCCUACUUUCAGGAGAACAUGGAAGCCAUGCAGCUGGCCAGCGAGCAAGCUCAGCAGGAGACGCAGAGCACACUGGAGCUGCUCCAAGAGAAGAGGCAGGCCUUGGAGGGGUCGGUGGCUGAGCUGGUCAGACAGGUGGGGGACCUGAAUGACCACUUCUUGGCCCUGAGCUGGAGGCUGGACCUGCAGGAACAGACGCUGACCCAGAAGCUGUGUGAGGCAAAGAGUGAGUGGGAAGGUGCAGAGCGGAGAUCGAUGGAGGGCCUGGCCUGGUGUCGGAAGGAGGCCCAGGCUUACCUGAGGGAGGUGCGGGAGACAGUGGACAGCCUGCCUCGGCAGAUAGAAGCUGUCUCUGACAGGUGCGUCCUGCACAAGAGUGACUCCGACCUCAAGAUCUCUGCUGAGGGCAAGGCCAGAGAGUUCGAGGUUGAGGCCAUGCGGCAGGAGCUGGCUGUUCUGCUGUCCUCCGUGCAGCUGCUCAGGGAGGGCAACCCCGGGCGGAAGAUUGCCGAGAUCCAGGGCAAGCUGGCCACGUUUCAGAAUCAAAUAAUGAAACUGGAAAACAGCAUCCAGGACAACAAGACCAUCCAGAACCUCAAGUUUAAUUCGCAAAUCAAGAUGCGCAUGGAGGAGAUGGCCACCCUGAAGGAGUGCCUGGUGGGCCCGUGGAGUGAGGAGGGCCCGCAGGCCCUGACGCUGGACAGCAGGAAGGUCCUCAUGUCCCGGGUGAGACAGCAGUUCAUCAAGAACGUGGCCUCUGGCGAGGUGGUGCCCGUGAAUCGCUGGGGCGUGUAUCAGGCCGUGAGGUGGCUGCAGUGGAAGGCGGUCCUCAUGAACCAGGUCACCAGGUGGAGACCACGAACAGCCUUGGAGAGGUCCCUUGGCCGAGCGGCAGGAGCCUGCCCACCAGCUCCCAGACGUGCCCCUUUUCCAGAAAUAAACAGGCCACUCCUGUGCCCAGCAGAGAAGCGGCUCUUCCCGCCCUCAUCUAGGGAGCAGUGUCUGUUCGUGCGCUCAGCAGCGCCCUCCUCCGGCCUCUCCAAGAAAACGUGGCUCAUCUGGGCAGCUGGCCCUGCCACCUGCUUCGGGGCUUGA